UCAAACUUUUGUUCUUGGCGUCUGUUGUCAAAUUGAGAAUAGAUUAAAUAUUGUUUGCCUUUGUUAAUAUUUUUUUAUAGUGUAGUCUUGGCGAAAUUUGUGAUUAUAGAUGUAUACAAUACAAUCAUAAUAGUGUACAAACUUACAAUUCCAAUGAAUUAUAGUCGAAUUUCGACUACUGCGGGACCUCUAGUAGUUACAAAUACACCGAAAGACGAAUUCGCAAAAAAUUUUUGCUAGUUUCCUCGGAAUAUUCAUACCAUUUAUUAUCUACAAUUAUUAUAUCUACCAUUUAUACUGACGCCCGAAAAUACAAACGAAUAAGCAAUUAAGCCUACAAUUAUCUGGGUAAAAUUAUUUAUAAAAUCAAUUAAAUUAUUAUGAAGCAUACACAAGUUACAUUGUUUUUUAUAACGUAGUUAGUUAACUAAAUCUUUUUUUUCAUUUUAUAACAACCAAGGAAAUCUGGUCUGCGGCAAACGUCGCGAAUGCAGCAUUGAGCCAAAACGGUACAUCUAAAACACACGCGUUUCAAAACAUCGUAUAAUUAAAUACAUAUACGCUAAAAACAAAAUUACAAUUAAAUUGUAUUAAAUUAUGUGAAUUUAUAUUAAAAUAAAAAUUUAAUAAAAAUGGUGAAAGUAGUUAAUUUAUUUUAUUUUACAUUAUUUCUUUGUGUGCUGUCCAGUGAAGAAUCUCCUAAGGAUCAAGGAUCACCUAGAGCAUAUUUGAGUGAUUGUCCGGGUAUAACGAAAGAAGCUAUAAUCACGCCGAAGUCAUUAAAACAUCUCGGCAUUACGGUUUUUCGAUCGAAAAACUCAUUCUUGUCGAGGAAAAGAUACGGCUACAAGCAAAUGAAAGAGUUGGCAAGGGAUCCUAAUGUUAAUUUUAUGAAGAAAACGCUACUGUACUUCCCAGGUUAUCUUGACAGUCCAUCAUUUAUAUUCUCACCAGUAAUAGCGUCGGCUUAUACUAAACGCGGUUACAAUGUAUUAUCAGUGGACAUACAUUGGUUCGUGACCACUGAAUAUCCAAUCGCAUCUCGCCUUAGUCGUGCCCUGGGGCCGCAUAUAGCUUCAAUGGUGGUUGAACUCAUGAAGGAAGGACUCGACAUAAACAAAUUGGAUCUCGUCGGGAUCAGCUUAGGAGCUCAAGUCAUGAGCUUCGCCGCGAAAAGCUUCACAAACAUGACGGGAACCAAAUUUAAAAGAGCCACGGGCCUUGAUCCUACAGGGGUCUGCUUUAGGAACCUCGGCCCUGAGGACAGACUGGACUCGUCGGACGUAGAGUUCCUAGACGUGGUGUACACUAAUAUAGAUGGUUACGGUAUGGCUGCGCCCAUUGGACACAUCAAUUUCUAUGUCAACGGCGGAGAGUACCAACAAAGCAUACUAAUACCCAUAUUGUGCACAUUUUUAUGCAGUCACAUCAGAUCCUUUCUGUUAUGGGUGACAGCGAUUUAUCAUCCAAAAUCGUUUAUAGGAAUUCAGUGCGAUUCGGUAUACGAUGCCAGAAUAGGGAAUUGCUUUGACGGUGGUCCGAGAGAGACGAACGUACUAGGAUUGAAAGUUGAUAAAACUAAGCAAGGUAUAUUUUAUUUGGCCACAAAGAACACGUUCCCGUAUUAUUUAGAGGAAAAGGGUUUGGUGAAAGGAAGCGACUCGUUGUCGCAGUAUUUCUUAGAUGUCAACAAGGAAGAUGUGUUAAGGUUUAAAUAAAUUAUUUUGGGCAAA